AUGUUUGUGUGUUGCGGCUGCAGGCAGGAGGCGGUGGUGAUCUCGGGUCGGAAGUUGGCGCGGCAGAUCCGGGACGAGGCGCGUCUGGAGGUGGACAAGUGGGUGAUGGAAGGAAACCGAAGGCCUCACCUGAGCGUGGUGCUGGUGGGAGACAACCCGGCCAGUCACUCCUACGUCCUGAACAAGACCCGGGCCGCAGCCGACGUCGGAAUCUCCAGUGAGACCAUCCUGAAGCACUCGUCCACCAGUGAAGAGGCUCUGCUGGACCUCAUCGACAAACUCAACUCGGACCAUCGUGUGGACGGGCUCCUGGUGCAGCUGCCUCUGCCUGAACACAUAGACGAGCGCGCCAUCUGUAACGCGGUGGCGCCCACAAAGGACGUGGACGGCUUCCAUGUGGUGAACGUUGGCCGGAUGUGUUUGGACCAGUCCACCAUGCUGCCCGCCACGCCCUGGGGAGUGUGGGAGAUCAUCAAGCGCACAGGAAUCCCGACUCUGGGGAAGAACGUGGUGGUCGCCGGCCGCUCCAAGAACGUGGGAAUGCCCAUCGCCAUGAUGCUGCACACAGACGGGCGGCACGAGCGGCCUGGGGGUGAUGCCACAGUCACAAUCUCGCACCGGCACACGCCAAAAGACCAGCUCCGCCAACACACCAAAAUCGCAGACAUCGUUGUGGCCGCAGCAGGAAUCCCCAACCUGAUCACCGCAGACAUGAUCAAAGAGGGCGCGGCCGUCAUCGAUGUGGGGAUAAACCGCAUACAGGACCCGGUGACGGGCAAGAGCCGGCUAGUGGGGGACGUGGACUUCGAAGGUGUGCGGCAGAAGGCGGGCUUCAUCACUCCGGUGCCUGGCGGCGUGGGGCCCAUGACGGUGGCCAUGUUGAUGAAGAACACUGUGAAGGCAGCCAAGAACCACCUGCUGUGUCCCCCCGCACGCCUCCGCAUGGCCGCCGCCUCCUGA